GAGGAAUGUUCUGUUUAUUUUCUGUGCGAGCGAGACAACUGUUGUUAGCAUCUCUCGCUGCGCUCACAUGCGGACAUUUAUCACCAGCGGAGCUCAAACACGACCCUGGGGGAUCAUAAGACCCCAGAACAGAGUGGCCUGACCGCGGAGGACCGUCACAGAAAGAAGGUUUCUGGCACUGCGCUUGUAUCGACUCUAAAGCGGCCUCUGGCACAGGCACAUACACUGGAGCGAGAGACAGAGAGAAACUCCCCAAGGCUGAAAUCUAAGGAGCAGGAUGUCCAUCACGAACACGCCCACCAGUAACGACGCUUGCCUGAGCAUCGUCCACAGCCUGAUGUGCCACCGACAAGGGGGGGAGAGCGAGAGCUUCGCAAAGCGAGCCAUCGAGAGCCUGGUCAAGAAGCUGAAGGAGAAGAAAGACGAGCUGGAUUCGCUCAUCACGGCCAUCACCACCAACGGGGCGCAUCCCAGCAAGUGUGUAACCAUACAGCGGACUUUGGAUGGUCGCCUACAGGUUGCUGGUCGUAAAGGAUUCCCCCAUGUUGUCUAUGCGCGACUGUGGCGGUGGCCCGAUCUACACAAGAACGAAUUAAAACACGUCAAAUAUUGCCAGUAUGCCUUUGACCUCAAAUGUGACAAUGUUUGUGUCAACCCAUACCACUAUGAGAGAGUGGUCUCACCAGGCAUCGACCUAUCAGGACUGACACUCUCAAGCUCAGGUCCUCUCAUGGUGAAAGACGAGUAUGACUACGACAACCAGCAGUCUCACCCCAGCUCUGAAAGCCACCUACAGACAAUCCAGCAUCCUCCAUCCAGGCCCGGCCCACAGGAAACCUUCAGCAGCCCAGCGUUACUCCCUCCACCCGAAGGCAGCAGCUCGGCUUCCACGUCCGCCUUCUCCUCUAUCAGCGCCGGACCCUCAAAUUCCAACCCCAACUGGAGCAGAAACAGCAGCUUCACCCCUGCGGUGCCUCCGCAUCAAAAUGGACAUCUACAGCACCAUACACCCAUGUCUCACACGGGACAUUAUUGGCCUGUUGGCAAUGAAAUAGCAUUCCAGCCUCCUAUAUCCAACCACCCAGCUCCAGAAUAUUGGUGCUCAAUCGCGUACUUUGAGAUGGACGUCCAAGUCGGUGAGACGUUUAAGGUGCCCUCCACGUGCCCGAUAGUGACCGUGGACGGCUACGUGGACCCCUCUGGAGGCGAUCGCUUCUGUCUGGGUCAACUGAGCAACGUCCACAGGACGGAGAACAUAGAGAGGGCCAGGCUUCAUAUUGGCAAAGGCGUGCAGUUGGAGUGCAAAGGUGAAGGAGACGUGUGGGUGCGCUGUUUGAGUGACCAUGCAGUCUUUGUGCAGAGUUAUUACCUGGACAGAGAGGCGGGACGGGCACCCGGGGACGCCGUCCACAAGAUCUAUCCCAGUGCUUACAUCAAGGUCUUUGACCUGCGUCAGUGCCACAGGCAAAUGCAGCAGCAGGCAGCCACAGCUCAAGCGGCUGCUGCGGCUCAGGCAGCAGCGGUGGCCGGGAACAUCCCCGGGCCUGGCUCCGUGGGCGGCAUUGCUCCGGCCAUCAGUCUGUCUGCGGCCGCAGGCAUCGGCGUCGACGACCUUCGCCGGCUGUGCAUCCUGCGCAUGAGCUUUGUCAAGGGCUGGGGGCCCGACUACCCGCGACAAAGCAUCAAAGAGACGCCCUGCUGGAUCGAGAUCCAUCUACACCGCGCACUGCAGCUCCUGGACGAGGUCCUGCACACCAUGCCCAUCGCCGACCCGCAGCCUCUCGACUGAGUCUCAAGACGUGAGCUUGUCCAAAAACUUUUUUUUUUUUUUUUUUAAAUGACGGCACUCUCCUGGGAGGGCAGAGGAGAGGACUGCACAGCCACAGGGACAACAAGAGCUGGGCCAGGCGGUAUGAUUAGAAGCGAGGACACUGUAUAGCCCGGGUAAAGCUUACCGAGUGGGAACGUGUGGCUGCAGUACACUGACAACCAGUAUUUUUUCUCUAUGUGGGAAAUCUCUCAAAAACAAACACGUCAAUGCUAGGGCUAGGCAAUAUGGCAACAAAAAAAAAAAAAUCACGAUUUUUUUUUUUAAAUUAAAGCUUAUUGUCCUGUGCAGGAUUAUACAGAGUACCACCUCCCAACUGUUUGCUACUGCAGUAUCUUGUAACAAACAUUUCCACCAUGUUUGUUUGAGGUAAUACAUGCUAAAAGCUGACAACUGUCAUUUUGUUCAUAUCUAUAUUUGUGUUUACUACAGGUGCAGCAGUACAGGUAACCCACGCUAAAGUCCGUACCUGGUCUUAGAGUCACGGUUUGAUUCUUUUUCGGUACGUUUUGUUGGGGUAAUGAGAACAACUUAUUCGCCUCUCAAAAGUUACUUAGUUUUUUUUGCUCGUCAUUACAAACAUUCUGCAGUAAACAAAGUAUAAUUGGUGUAGUGAACACUAUAAGACUUGUAUUUCAAGUUAACAUUUACUAAACAACACUUUCAAAAUGGUAAAUUACUAUUUGUAUUUUUUAAUUACUUGUAUACAUCAGUACUUCUCAAGCACUGAUGUAUACAAGCGGUGACCAAGAUUGUGGGGUUUUUAAAACCCAAAUACUGUAUCUUAUACUGAAUGAAAAUACAUUAAAGUGCAGUUUAAAAUUGAGGUACCGGUACUGUAAAAUUAUAUAUGCCAACACAGAUUAUUUCAAGAACAAAAUGUUUUUUUUUCUGCACAAACAAAAAGAACACAAAGUGUCUCUCUGCAGAGUUUUUAGUACAUGAGAGAAAUAUUUGCAGACACAUAAACAAAAAGUCUGAUUUAAAAUAAUUUAGAUAUAAAAAUGCCGUUACUGAUUAAAUUAGUGGGUGUGUUCAUUCUCCCAGUCGGGACCAAUACAGUCACAUAGACGUUCUGAGUGCCUGCAGGUCCGCAUUCAGGGCAGGAUUACUGGUGAACUGCAGCAGACCGUGAAACUAAAGUCGCUGGUCCUUUUUAAAUGUUGUAUUUCAACUUCUAUGCUCGUGUUAGUCACAUGUCUUUAUUUUGUUCUUGUGGGCUGCACUUCCAGCUGUGUCAGGGGAAGAGGCACAUCGCUGAUUGAACGUCAAUCAAGCCUCACUUUUGCGACGGUGGAACGGGAGGUGGCGCAUACACACGCAAACGUACACAUUCACAGACACACACAGGAUCACGGUCAAUAAAGAUGGAUUGUUCCGUGCAGGAUUAUACCAAGCAUUGUUGCUUCCCUACUGUUGACUACUGCCGUAACUUCUAACAGACAUAAUCGAGUAAAUAUGCUAUCAUCUGAUCACUGGGAUCGAACUCAAAUUAAUCACGAUCAUAUAAUCGCCCAGCCCUAGUUCACACUAGCGCAAGUAAAUCCACUAUUUAUUCAAACUUAUAGUGCUGCACAAACGAUUCCCAAACGGUCUUUUUUCUCUCCGCUAUGUGGACAUUUCAUGUAUUUAAUAUUUAAACUGUGCAGAGCCCCUGUUUUGAACUUUUUAAUGAGACUGCUUGGCUUCUGCUGGUCGAGUGCUCCUCAUCCUCAUCCUCCUCCACCGGCUCUCAUAUGGCUUCAUGUAAGUUUUUCAUCCUCCUCCUCUUUGCUGUCACAUCAGGAUGUUACUCUUGUGUAUUGUUUGAAUGCUGGUUGGUUUUGGAAGUUUUUUUUAAUGAUUUUUGAGAGAUGCUAAGAACUCCAACUCCCGCCCCCUGACCUUUUUCAAACUGUUAUUCUCAUCUAGACUGGCCUGAUGGUUACAUGAUCAUCAUCUUUUAAGUGAUAUCUCUUUUUAAGCACUCAGUUUGUCAUCUUGUGCAUAGUCUCGCUAAAUGCUACAGUAUUGGACAAAAUGCAUCAUGUGCUAACUCGCCCUGAUAGCUCAAAACAUCCCAAAAGCUGCGAGAGGAAAUGCAAGCCAUAUUGAUGCGAAAUGCAGUCAUUUCAGUGAUACUCUUUAUUCCACAUAAUAUUGAUAAAACGCUUGUAUUUUCCUCUUUUUUUUAUGCUCUAUCCAUCAGCCGCCACAUAACUUCCAGCAUCUGAAAUACAUAACAAAUCUGGAUUAUAGCAGUGUUAAUAUGUUUGAAUAAAAAUGUAAUGGGCUAACA